CGGAAGUGUGUUGUCAACAGCUGAGGGAGCCGCUGAGUCCACUGUCCUCACGCAGACAGGCAGCAUGUCCAGCAACGAGGAAACCCGCUACUGUCACAGCUUUUCCUACGUUUUCCUCAAAUUCACCCUGUUCGUCUAUGCCAUCCUGUGGUGGCUGAUAGGUGGAUUUAUCUUGGGUAUUGGCAUCUAUGCUGAGGUGGAGAGACAACGCUACAAGACGCUGGAGGGAGUGUUUCUGGCCCCGGCUAUAAUCCUGAUCUUGCUGGGAAUCAUCAUGUUCAUUGUUUCAUUCAUUGGCGUUCUGGCUUCACUGAGAGACAAUCUAACUCUAUUGAAAGUGUUCAUGUACACUCUGGCUAUAUGUCUGAUCCUGGAGCUGCUUGGAGGGAUAUUGGCACUCGUGUUUCGCAACCAGACGGUGGAUUUAGUGAACAAGAACAUCCGAAAGGGUAUAGUGAAUUAUUACGAUGACCUGGACUUCAAAAACAUCAUGGACUUUGUUCAAAACAAGUUCAAGUGUUGUGGCGGCCAGGAGUAUAAAGACUGGGAAGUCAACAUGUACCAUGACUGUUCUGCUCCUGGUCCUCUGGCCUGCGGCGUCCCGUACACCUGCUGCGUCACCACCAAGCCUAAUGAAGUGGCAAAUACUCUGUGCGGGUACAAAGUCCUGGACAAACAGCGUUUGGAUUUGAUCGAUACCAUCUACAUCAGAGGCUGCACCGACGCUUUCUUCCUCUGGCUGAUGGACAACUACAAGAUCAUGGCUGGACUGCUGCUAGGCAUCCUGCUGCCGCAGUUCUUUGGUGUGGUCAUAAGCUGGCUGUACAUCACUCGUGUCGAAGACGCCAUCAGUGAAUUCGGUCACUACAUGGAUGGACUUCUGCAAGCGAAUGCACAUGAGAGACAAGCCAAGAGACGGGGACACAUGGCCAAGUGGUUUAAGUGCAUGCCAGAGAUUGACUGAUGGAGACGGAGUGACCAACACGCUAUCAAACACCCAUCGACUGUUCAGUUUCUGGAAAAAGGUUUUCAGAUAAAAUGUUUUCUUUCUUUUCUUUACCAUAACCACUCAGCUACUAAAUUUUCAAUACUGUGUUGACGUAUUCUUCUAAUGGAUCGGGGAAGAGUACGAGCUCAUGCAGAUGCAGGACGUAUCUUGUGCCUCAGACAGUCUCAGGGAUACACACAAACAAAAACAACCUCUGUUACUUCUGGUGCGAAAUGAAAUGAGUUUGUUUUACCACAUCAACUACUGCAACCGUGAUUCACUGUUGUGCCUUUUUUAUACAAAUUUUUCUUGUGCUGAUAAAAUCAAAAUAAUGUUGACUACUGAAGAAAUGGUAAAAUCACAAUGAGGCUGACUAAAACACUGCUGUGUUCAUGUACUUCAUACACUGAAGCUUGAAGCUUAACUUUAUUUUGUGUAUUUUUCCUGCAGACUGCAUCAUUUCUGUGUAAACUCCCAAGUGUUAUCUCUAUGUACAGAUAUCUUCAUUUAUAAAGCCUUAACUCUUAUUUUUAUUUUCAGUUCAGUCACUCUUUUAAAAUUGAAGACACUACUGCCAAAACAUGAGAUUAUCUCAGGGUUAUUGUUAAGCACUGCAACCAUGUGUCCUGAAAAUAGAAUCUAUGGACGACUAAUUACCACAGAGCGGCAGAUAAAUCUUAAUCAGAGAAUGACAGUUGCAGACAUGUUUUUUGAACAGUCAUAAAAAACAAUAGGUGGAGUGUGUUUAUUGCUGUCAAACACAUUUUUGGAGCUGAAUUACAACUAUCUUCUUUUGUGAAAUGUGUUUGAUCCAGUGUUGAACUUGAUAGUCUUAGUUGGCCUGAGAUGUGCAGUUUGACCUAAGCUCUGACAUCCACCCACACUCUGAAAACCCCUCAUUUAUCUCAUCGUGCUUUCUGCACCAUUUAGCUAGAAUAUCCACCUCUCAGCAUUCUAUCACACAUGGAAAAUAGAACCCCACAGUGUAGUAGAGCUCACACUGGAGGAUGCCUUCAUGUACUGUAGAUUUGAUAAACAUAAAACAGCAGAGUCCAGACAUUUUUAUCAGACAUGGUUGCUUAAAGACCCGAAGAUUAAGCUGUAGGAUCCACUGCUUUGACUUUUAGCAGAUAUGCACUUGACAUAAAAUAACCAAAUGAUGUGAAUUUACUCAACUCUGGUUUGUUGUGAAGUUUUAUUGAAGUGUUUAUUUCCUUUGAAUGAUCCUGACUCUGUUUUUAUUCCACUUCUCAUCACCCUCAUUAAAGGCAUAUUUAGGACUGCGUUAUGCUGUCGUGUUGGAACAUGACGGCCUCUAUUUCAAGUUUGUAGUUUACCAGCACAGUGACACACCAAGAAUAAAGGAUGAAUAAUGUCAUACUCGUUUGGAUCAACUGUUUCAGUUCGGACUGUGACUCUACCUGUUAAAGAUAUUGCUGACAGAAGUCAAAAUGUGUGAAGAUAAUUUAUUAGCAUGUUUAAGACAAAGCCCCUCAAAGUUUUACCGUCUGCACUCACACAGUAUCCAGUUCACUGUAAGGUUGCUUCAUGCUGGAUAAACAGUAUUUAGAAGGACUUUGUUUGGUGAGAAGAUAAAUUAAAGGCUACAUUUUUUUAAGUCACAUGAAUAUGAAACUCGGCGCACAUAUGUUAAUUGAGCCACAUGUCAAAAAAGUGAUGCAUUAAAGGAACUACGGUAGUUUAACCUUGUUAAUGAGACUUCUGCCUUCUGUCUGAACCGAAGUAAAUUUAUACAGAAUAUUGAAACUUUCACUGGUGGAUUGUUGAAGAUUCUCAUCCAGGAUUUGUUUUUUUAAUCAAACAUUUAUGUUGUCUUUUUAAAAGAAGAUACAUUAAAGCUUCACACUGACAUUUUUUUUCCGUCUCAUAUAUCAUGCCUUUUGCUGUGUAAGUAACGUUGAAGUGCUGUGUACGUUCAUGCAUAUAUUUACUACAUGGUGAUGUACAAUUUGAAUUGAAAGCACUGUUUUUGAAAUGUUUUUCCAGGUUGACGGGUAGAAAAUAAAAUUAUUUAAUGUUGCUAAGUGA